CAUAAAGGUUAACACAGAUUCCAGAGAGAGGAACCAAGAGAUCAGGAGAGAGACAGACUAGGAGAAGUUCAGAUCUCACGUAAUGGCCGGCGCGGUGAGAUCGCGUGCGUCGUUUAUCGUGUUUGGACUCAUCUUGUGUGGAAGCUUGUUUGCAUUUUCUAUUGCGAAAGAGGAAGCCACAAAGUUGGGAACAGUUAUUGGCAUAGACCUUGGCACAACCUAUUCAUGUGUCGGUGUUUACAAAAAUGGGCAUGUGGAAAUUAUAGCCAAUGACCAAGGAAACCGGAUUACCCCAUCAUGGGUUGCCUUCACCGAUGGUGAGAGACUGAUUGGCGAGGCUGCAAAGAAUCAAGCAGCUGUCAAUGCCGAGAGGACCAUCUUCGAUGUGAAAAGGCUUAUUGGGAGAAAGUUUGAAGACAAGGAAGUCCAAAGGGACAUGAAGCUUGUUCCAUAUAAGAUUGUGAACAAGGAUGGAAAGCCUUAUAUUCAAGUCAAGAUUAAAGAUGGAGAGACCAAAGUGUUCAGUCCUGAGGAAAUAAGUGCCAUGAUUCUUAUCAAGAUGAAAGAGACGGCAGAGGCAUUCCUUGGAAAGAAAAUUAAGGAUGCUGUUGUAACAGUUCCAGCGUACUUCAACGAUGCCCAGAGGCAAGCUACUAAGGAUGCUGGAAUAAUUGCCGGAUUAAAUGUUGCAAGAAUUAUUAAUGAACCAACUGCGGCAGCUAUUGCCUAUGGUUUGGAUAAGAAAGGUGGUGAAAAGAACAUCCUUGUUUUUGACCUUGGAGGUGGGACGUUUGAUGUUAGUAUCUUGACAAUUGAUAAUGGUGUCUUUGAGGUUCUUGCAACAAAUGGAGACACUCAUCUGGGAGGUGAGGAUUUUGACCACAGAAUUAUGGAAUACUUUAUUAAAUUGAUUAAGAAGAAGUAUGGAAAGGACAUUAGCAAAGACAACCGAGCUCUUGGGAAGUUAAGGAGAGAAGCUGAGCGCGCUAAGAGGGCCUUGAGCAGCCAGCAUCAGGUCCGCGUCGAAAUUGAGUCUCUCUUCGAUGGUGUUGAUUUCUCCGAGCCACUUACCAGAGCUCGUUUUGAAGAGUUGAACAAUGACCUCUUCAGAAAGACCAUGGGACCUGUUAAGAAGGCCAUGGAGGAUGCUGGCUUGCAGAAGAACCAGAUUGAUGAAAUUGUCCUUGUGGGUGGGAGCACCAGGAUUCCUAAGGUUCAACAGCUUCUCAAGGACUACUUUGAUGGGAAGGAGCCCAACAAGGGUGUGAACCCUGAUGAAGCAGUUGCUUAUGGUGCUGCUGUACAAGGAGGCAUCUUGAGUGGAGAGGGAGGGGAUGAAACAAAAGAUAUCCUUCUCUUGGAUGUGGCCCCUCUCACUCUUGGCAUUGAAACUGUUGGUGGGGUGAUGACCAAGUUGAUCCCAAGGAACACUGUGAUCCCAACCAAAAAAUCUCAAGUUUUCACCACUUACCAGGAUCAACAGACCACUGUCACUAUCCAGGUUUUCGAAGGUGAAAGGAGUAUGACAAAAGACUGCAGACUCCUUGGGAAAUUUGAUUUAACCGGAAUUGCUCCGGCUCCAAGAGGAACUCCUCAGAUUGAAGUCACAUUUGAGGUUGACGCCAACGGCAUCCUCAAUGUUAGGGCUGAAGACAAAGCCUCAGGGAAAUCAGAGAAGAUCACCAUUACCAACGACAAGGGUCGGCUCAGUCAGGAGGAGAUUGAGCGCAUGGUCCGCGAAGCAGAGGAAUUUGCUGAGGAAGACAAGAAGGUGAAAGAGAAGAUCGAUGCAAGAAACAGCUUGGAAACUUACGUCUACAACAUGAAGAACCAGAUCAGUGACAAGGACAAGCUGGCAGACAAGUUAGAGUCCGAGGAGAAGGAGAAGAUUGAGACAGCCGUGAAGGAGGCCCUUGAGUGGUUGGACGACAACCAGAGCGCGGAGAAGGAGGAUUACGAUGAGAAGCUUAAAGAGGUGGAAGCUGUUUGCAACCCAAUUAUUGCUGCUGUUUAUCAGAGAUCCGGUGGAGCCCCUGGUGGCGGAGCAGAUGGAGAAGAUGACUCUCAUGAUGAGCUCUAAAGCAAUAGGAAUCCCUAAUUAGUCGUCUUUUUGGCUUUUAAUCAAGAGAAGCUGACAACCGGUAUUAGGAUGGUUCGUUAUGUAUUCUUGUAUUUUCUAGUGGUAGAAGAAAGGGGAGGAAACGAACACUAAACAGGGGAAAUGUGCACGUCCUGAUGAGAUUUGCUUUCCUCUUGUUGAUUUUGGGAAGAUAUGCAUAGAGAGUUUACUGCUUUUACCAUUUCGGUUGGGGGUUUUGGAAGACCAAAUUUAAGUCUUUCUUUUGGUAUUGUUGGAUUCAAAACUUCAUUCAAUUAGUCGUGUCGUUUUUGUA